AUGUCCAUUUUGGACUCUCAACAGAAGAGAGCUUCGAUGAAUUUCGGUUCCCUCGCCUCCACCACUGGUACCAAUCCUUCUCAAAACACCAAUCGACGAGCAUUGGUUGACAUUUCAAACAAGACUGCCUCUACCAUGAAUUCCAUCCAAAAUGUUGCCAUCACUCAAAAGCCAACAAUUCCAACCAUGGUAAAGCCCAACAAUUCCACCACUGUGAAAAAGGAAACCUCUUACACUUCUCCUGUGAGAAAGAAUGCGGUCGAUGCCAUGAUCAUGAGUCCUAAGGUUGAUGCCUCAGAUGCCGACAAGCCAGAGUCCUGUGUCGAGUAUGUGAAAGACAUUUUUUCACAUUACAGAUCCAUUGAGACCAAGUACAUGCCGAAUCCAAAUUACAUGACUUUCCAGAGAAAUUUUAAUGAACAAACUCGUGUCUUGACCAUUAACUGGCUUUUGAAUGUUCAUAACCAUUUCGAAUUGUCCCCAGAGACCAUGUUUUUGUGUGUGAACAUUUUUGAUCGAUUUUUGAGUGCUCAUCCUGAUGUAGCCCUUGAAAAGAUUCAUCUCGUGGCAGUGACCUCUCUUUUCAUUGCCACCAAGUAUGAGGAAGUGAAGCCAUUGCUCACCGAGCACACUCUUGAUUUUAACUUGACCAUUGCGAGCUCCAAUGUCUUUCUCAAGAGAUAUCUCAAAUGCAGUGUGCAAUUCGAUGAUGUGCAAGUGUUCAUUGCCUCCUUUGUGAAUGAAAUGACACUCUAUGAUAUGAACAUGUUGAAUUACACUCCAAGCACUGUUGCAUGUGCUGCCAUUUAUGUGGCAAGAUCUUUGAGAAAGUUGGGUGAAAAGUGGAAUUCCAAUCUGAUCUAUUACACUGGCAAGACUGAAGAGGAAAUUCUUCCAUGUGCUCGUCAAAUCUAUUACUUUAUGAAACACUUUUGCAAUACUUUAUAUUUCGAAGGUGGUAGAAAACCAGACAGGAACUUUUGCUGUAUCGAUAUGGAAAGGAAGAUCGAUUGA